CAGCCCUGAGGCGGAGAAGGGAACCGCAGGCUGCCGCAGCACGGAACUCCCAGCCCGCGGUUUUUCCUUCGGCGUCCUCGGCUACGAGGGGAGGGCGCGGGAGGCGAGGCGGGGCGGGGCGCUGCCUCUUCGCUGACGGGCAAGGGGAGCCACCCCUUUCCGAAGACGCGGAGCCGGGGACCAAGGCAGCGGCGGCCACCACUUUUUCUCCCCCUCCCCCCGGUCUUGUCUGGGGAAAGACGUCGACGAUGGCCUUCGCCCCCCUCCUCCUCCGCCGCCUGGGCACCUUUCUGGGGGUCCUGUCGCUGCUGCCGUCUCGGGGUUUAUGUGAGAACUGUAAAACAUACAAAUAUACCAAUGGACGAAUAUAUUUGGAUACAACUUGUGAGGUGUUCUGCUGUGGAAACUGCAACAACCAAUACUGUUGCUCAGACCCAUCAAAAGAAUUUAAUGCAUAUGACCAGCUUAUGUGUCAUUUCCAACCAUCAGAAAGCAGCACAUAUCCACCGAUUUUGGGAAAGCCAAUGAAGUUUGGGACAUAUGUGGAUGACUGGCGUCCUCCUGGGCCCAGUGGGACUAUUAUAGCAGUUGGAGUUUCCAUUUUCAUCUUAUUUAUCGUGACCAUUGUCGUCUGCUUCACCUGUUCAUGUUGCUGCUUAUAUAAUGCAUGCCGGAGGUCACCACGGCCUGUUGUGACCACAACUUCAUCCACUACGGUUGUGCAGGUGCCAUAUCCUCAGCAGCCAGGUGUCCCUGCAGCUUAUCCUGUGGGAGGAUAUCAAGGAUAUAAUCCUCUGCCAGUGCAGCCCCAGCCUGGAAUACCCGCAGCCCCAUACCCAACACAGUAUCCUCCACCUUACGUUGCACAACCCUCAGGGCCACCAGCCUAUCAUGAAACAAUGGCAGCUGGUGCUGGAGCUCCCACAACUCAGCCACCUUAUAAUCCUGCAUAUAUGGAUCCUACGAAGCAUUCUUAUUAAAUGGACUGACUCGCGUGUCUCUUUGUAACAGAGUCUUAUCACAUUACUUUCUUUAAAUACCGCUCUUGUCUUUUGCUGGAAAGGUUUGAAAACCCAGACACAACGGGUUCUGCCCAUGCCUUCAUUACUACAAGGGGUGGGAAAAGCAUCCUUGAUGUGGAUUUGUUUUUCUUUACUUCAGGGAAUUAAGCUAGUUGAAAAUUGGAAAAUAAAAUAAAAUAGCAAAGGCUGAAGAAACUGCUUUACCACAGGGAUCAUGGAUAAGUUGUACAAAUUUUUGAUGGUUAUUAGAAUUGUUAUGAUGAGGCAAGUAGUAACAAGCAUCUUCUGCCAUAAAUUUGCCAGGAAUUGUUACUCUUUAGAAAAUGGGAAGAAUACAUUUCAAAAAAAAAAUCUAAAAUUGGAGAUUCUGCUUCCAGUUUACUAUUUUGACAUGAGAUUUAUUAUAUUCAUAAAUGAGGGAAAUACUCUUAGGUUGAAUGUUGUUCAGUCUUUAGCAAGAAGUACUGCAAGUUGUUGAAUUACAUUUCAGUAUUUAUCCAUUGUGCUGCAGUCAUAUAAGCAUUCAGUUCACCUGUAGUUUCUCCAUUUUAAUUUCAACCUUGCUCAUUUUUUCAGUAUUUCAUAGUAUCCAAGAGAGAGAGAGAGAGAGUAUCCAUGCUACCACUGCAUAGGUACUGUUGAACGAGUAAUCUUAAUUAGUGCAACAGAAUGUGAAAGUGACUUAGGUAUUUCCAGUAGAAGAUAAAGUGUAAAUAAGUAUUUUUAUAUUAUUUUCAUGUUGUGAUAUGAGAGUUCUGUCUAGUGCUAGCUAGCCAGUGAACGAUAUCCUCCUUGGGGCUAUUAUAAGCAUUUUAGUCCUGCCCAUGUUUUGGUUUUCCAUUUGUUGUAUUCCAGCAAACACUCAGCAUUCCACAAGGAAUAUGUCCUGUUGUCAUUGAGCUAUUUGGGUGCAUGUGUAUGGUGACCCUUUUUUGUUCUGCAACCUUUAGGGUAAACCACCCUCUAGUUUCUUCAGAGGCCUUGGUUUGUUUCUGGACCACCUCAAUUUUCUUGUUAGAUGAAGGGAUUGUAUCUCUUGCAUUGGGUGCUGUUUCAAAAUAGUUGUCUUUUUCUUCAUCUACAAGAUAAUAUUGCAGGCUGUUUCUGCCCAUUCCCUUGAAUUCUUCAGCAAGUAACCAUGAACAUUAAUUGGAGCUCUGUCCUGUAAUAUUAAAAUUAUACUUGAUACAUGCAAUGACCUUCAUAGAAAAUAUAGAAACAUUAAAUGUGCUGUCUCAACAGUUGUGCAUGGGAAGACUCUCUGAACAAUAAUCAUAUCAGACUUAAAAUAACACCUACCCAUUAAUCAAUAAUAUGUUAUUAUAUUAACUGUAAGUGGGAACCUUGACUAAUGGAAAGAAUAGAAUUGUUCUCAUGAAAAUAAGCAAAUUCUGAUGUGUCUGUAAAACUGUAGCUUUGGUUACCGUGGUGCUUGCAGUACUUCAGAAUGGGAAUGCCAACAAAAUUGUAGUAUGAAUGUAUGAAAUUGGAAUUUGCAAAGCAAACUUAAACAUUUAGUUUGAAAAAAAUGUUUUGCUAUCUAUGAGUUUAAAUACUUCCAAAGCACGCUUUUCAUCUGGUUUUAAAUGGUUUUCAAGUUCUUUAAAAAUCUGUACUUGGAUCCAUGUAUACUGUACUUUGUAUAGCACUGUUACUAUGUUGUAUCAUAUGGCAGGUAAAUGAAAUUUUCUUCGUGUAAUCUGUGUGAUACCAUUAUACUGUAUAUAAAGGUAAAUGACAUGUAGCCUCCUAGGUAUUUUUACUCUGCCAGGUCAUGCAGUUGUACCACUGAAGUUUGGCAGUAAAUCCGUGUUGCUGAAAUUUAUCAGAAAAACUACAAAAAGGUGUUGUUAUCUUAAAGGUUUGGGGGUUUGUUUUUUAGGGUUGCCACUAAUAUUUGGUGGCAAAUUGGGAUAUCACCUUUUAAAAAGCCACUUGAAUUUUGAGCACGAUUUGCUGAUAAUUUGGGGAGUUGGGCUGGAUGUAGUCAACAGCCUGUCCCAUGUGGUAUAAAAUUGCUUUUGUUGAUUUAUGUGUUUACUCAGAAAUAAGACACACUGAGUUCAUUGUGGUCUAUGUACCAUGGCACCUUAAAUAGAUUAACAGGAGUCUGAAUUCCAUACUUGACAUUAUAGACAUGGAAGUCUGUGCUCAGUUGUGUUUGCUCUCUUUUAUUUGUCAUAAUGAUGUCUUACAAAAAUCUGAACCAUGUUUCUGCACUUAAAAUAUGUAAUUUAGGGUAUAUAAUUGUUUGAGGAAGCCUUUUGUCAUCCCGUGAUUUUCUUGUAUACAUAGAUGUACAGUUUUAGAUUCUGUUUAGCACGCACAGUUAACACACAAGAAGAGUAUGCAAAACAGAAACUGUGCUUUAAAAAAGCCUACAUGAAAUCAGGAAUGCAGUUGGUAUGAACUGAGAUAGAGACUGGGCUAUAGAAUAACAGAUUUUCCUCAUUGUAUCUGUCACAAAUUGUUUUGUGUUUCAUGGGAGUCUAGUCAGAAAAUUUAAGAGUUACAGAGCUGUAAAAGGACGCAUACCAGGAACAUAACACAACUUAUCCUCCACUGUGGCAGACUUCUUUCUUGUGGAAGACGAUGAUGAAAAGGAGGCAUAUUGUCCUAGUAUAUCCCUAUUUUAAAAGCCAAACAUUUUCAUAGCACAUUGCUUCUAUAUAGUUGUGAGAGAUGGUAGUCUUGGCAUUUUUUCUACAGGAAUAACUUUUUUUUAAAUGCUGUUACUGAGACUUUUGUGAAUCCUUUCAAGUCUCUAGAAUGUAUAUUGCAUUUUUGUACUUGGGAUGUUACUUGUAAAAUGACUAAGGCCACAAUCCACACUUACCUGAGAAUAAGCCCUACUGAGAUUUAUUUCUGAGUACACACGUAUAGGACUGUACUGUAAAUUUUGUUGUGUGGGCAUCUUUUUUUUCUUAUAAAGCUGCAGUACCUUAUCUGUACAUCUAGGGUAUUUAAUAUAAAGUGAAAAAUUUCUAAAAUUUAAGGUAGCAUACAUUUCCAUCAUAUUUGAAAUGAUAAAUGUGGAGAGAAGAUCCAUGAUGGAAUCAGAUAUGGUAUUUCUUGUUGACAUAGGCAUCAUGGUAUACUAACCUAUGCUUUGCUUUCUUGGCAUCAAAUAGAACUGAACUACCAAAUGAUUCCAUGAAAAAAACUUCAUGAAAAGCAUCAGUGGAACUUAUUUCAGCAAGGUUUAAAUUGUACCAUUGUACCUGAAACCUUAGCUAUACCCCUACACAAAAUUACUGCACCGCAUAGUUUGCAGAAUUACACUGAAAUCACUGUGCCCCUGUAAUGAUCCAGUUGGGUGGUAUCUCUUGUGGCCUUCUUACUUACCUUGACUUUGCCCUUCAUUUCCAGUUCUAUGUAGAGGAAUUGAAGACUGGCACCUCUUACAAGUAAUGUACCUCAUGGCCUAUGAAAUCAUAAUUCAUAUGGAUAUGAUACUUAGGGAGAAUAAAUAUUAAUACAGGCCUAAUGAUAGAACUUCUCUGAUAGGAUUUGCUUUUUUAUAGAAGAUUUUUUUUCCUCUUGGCAGUCCUACUGUUACAUAUGAGAUGUGUUUAGAGCAAUGGUGUUUAUAUGCAAGUAUAAGCAGGAAGGAUGGUGACUAGUUACAAAUUCUUCAUGUGUCUGCUAUAUAUAGCAAUUCAGAAUGUCAGUUAUCUCCUAAACCAAUUCCAUGGUUUGCCCUAUGGUCACUUCAGAAAUGGAGAAAUUACUGAUACAGUUCAGUUUUUAUAUGUUUGUCCAAAAACAGUCACAUCCCUCAUGACAAGUUAUAAUGGCUACUUUAUUGAAAAACAAAAGAAAUCUAAUUUUGGAUUUAAAUUGUAGAUGUUCCGUUUUUAUUUUUGUAUUGUGAACAUUGGAAGUGCCUUUUACAGACUUUUCUAACUGCAUUAGUAAUAGAAUCAGUGUUCUCAUUUCCACGUACCAUGCAAUUUCAGUUGACUGUGUUGGCUUUGUUUUUUUGAUAAUUGUGCUUUGUAUACUGUUGCUCAUAGUUAAAAAAGAUUUAUCCAAAAGUACUGGUAUGUUUGCAGCUCUUUGUAAUAAAACAUUAAAAUGCACACUCA